CAUCAAGUUGAGCGGAUCGAACAAAAGGCAUCAUCCCGACCACAAGAAAGAAGGAAACAUGACUAUCGCUUACGUUACGACUGGUCCGGAUCCUUCUUCCACCAAGGACUACGCAGAAGGAUACAAACCAAAUACAGCUUCUCCGGAACCUCCGAUCCAAUUGAUUUCACCCACCAGCAAUCCACGAUCCGUACGGCAAGUCAACAAGCAACUUAACGUGGCCUAUGCAGUGUUUUUUCUUUAUGUUUACGGCGGCAUGGACCUUGCCCAUAGUUCGGGUUGGAAUCAGACCCUAAACACGACGGCCACGCAAGUGUUUAAAUGCAGUUGGUUCAUCGGAGUUCUGGCUGGAGCAGCCUUGGCCUCCUUGACCAUGACCUUCCUGCCAAAGUUGCCUUUCUAUGUUCUUGGAGGUCUAAUGCAAUUGACUGGAUCUAUUAUAUUCACGUGUACUCCCUUUGAUUACGGAUGUCUUCUGGCCGCUCGUUACGUGGCUGGAUUAGGAAUCGGAUUAAUCACCGUUCCGUUUCUCAUCCAUAGUGCAGAAGUGGCGACGGACAACCAUCGCGGGGUUAGCGGAUCAAUGGAGCAGUUUGGUCUGGCCUUGGGCAUUGCCAUCCAGGUUAUCUAUGACACUCAAUGGGUUGAUGACAAGGAAGCAUCCGUUAACGAGGUUCAUGGCAUAAUAGGAAUUGUGUUCUCUAUUAUUGGUCUUGGAAUGACAGCCCUCUCGAUCGAGUCGCCCAUCUUCUAUUUGCGUCUCAAACAGAAGGAGAGGGCUCGCAAAUGCCACCAGAAACUAUUGGGAAGCUUCCACCACUCAGUGGAUCAGGAAUUCGAGGAAGCUCAGCUAUACGUAGCGGAGAGCCAGAAGAGGACGUUCUGGCAGGAGCUACGGAGCUCGGUGGUGCCCUUUAUAAAACUGCUGCUUUACCGCGGAUUCGUCGCCUUCUCGUUUUCUCUGGCCCUCUCCGAGUCUCUAAUCAAGAGUGCUGUCCUGACCGAAGGAUCUAUUUCCUGUUGGCCCGUAACUGUUUGGGGACUGGUGCGCUUGCUAGGCGUCCUAGUGGCCACGGCAUCCUUGGACAAGUUGGGACGCAAGCUCAUCUCACUCGUGGGUCUUCUCUGCAUGGCUAUCCUGAUGCUCUGCAUGGCUGUCUCCUAUGCAAAUCCGGCAAAUGUGCUCCACACCUACUACAUGUACCAGGUUUGGAGACUGGGAGUCGCUUUUCAGGCAUUCGCAGGACUCUUCGUGUGCAGCUCAUCCGUCUAUCUGGGCGAGGCCUUUCCCAUAAGAGUGAAGCCCUUUUUUGUGGGAUACAUCAUAGGCUUCGAGCAAACGAUCCACAUCAUUAAUAUUGUCGGAUACAACAAGGGUUUGGAGAAUUUCUUCUACCAUUACUAUUUGUCUGUGGGUAUCAUUCUCCUAGUUGGUGUGAUUUUCUUUGGGAUGGUCAUCCCAGAAACAAGGAAAACAACACUACGGGAGGCUACCCAGCGAUUCCAGCGAUUGAUGAACAUACGAUUGUUCUAGUAAAAAGACAUUAACCUUAAUUGCCUUUAUAAAUGUAAAAAAAGUCCUCUAUUAAA